GAUUAUGUAUCUCGACGUAUCACUUCUAACUGUGUAACGCAAAGCUAAAUUGAACACUAGUGUGUUUUUGCAAUUCCGAUUAUGUAAGACAAAAGACAGCCACAAUGCCUAGUGAUAUCGUUCUAGGCGCAAAAUUUUAUCGACAUUAUGCGACUAAAUAAAAUACACCCUUUCCCGGUACUACUUACUACGGGUGCGGCAUACUUUUGCACAUAUACGCAUUAUACUUGAUUUUGCUGUUUGUCUGUGGUGAAGUGAAGUGCCAUAGUUUCUUUGUUGGUAAACAAAGCCGUAUUAUGUGUUUUCUAAAACACACAGCGUUAGAUGAAGAAAGCUGAUGUAAAUUUGCCUUAAUUUAGGUUGUCUAUGGUUAAAAACUUACCGAAUUGUCUGCAAUUGUAUACCUUUCUCUUUCUUUCACCAGCAGGCAUCCUCUUCUAACAUAUAAGGAUGCUUGAAACCUUUGGUGUCAAUGUCAUAGCGUUUGUAAAAUUUUGCCGGUAAAACGUCGCAAAAAUUUUCCAAGUUAAAAAAAGUGUUGAAAUAUUAAAUAUAGAUUUAAAAUUGUUAACACACAGUGUAAUAUCCUUAAAUGGAUGCUUAAGAGGAGGUGCAGCACCUUUAGGAGUAUUAUAGUGUUCUGUGAGGUGCAGUGUGCAUGUGCAUUGUGCACUCUGGUGAAUCAGGUUCGAAGGUGAACGCUUCGUACGAGAGUCGACAUUGAGGCUGAGGAGAGCAGAUUCUUCAUCCUCCAGGAAUAUCACCUCCACUUACAAUCACAAUCAUGGACGCCGCGGCAGCUAUAGCCUCGGCUAACUAUACUAAGGGUCUCUUCCUGGCGUUGUCUGCGCUAAGCCUGAGCUUAUUCAAGUGGCCAGCACACGUCUCUGUUCCCGAUAAAGCCCAAUAUGAUUUUGUUGUGAUUGGUGCUGGCACCGCCGGCAGUCUCAUCGCGAACCGACUGAGUGAGGACUCCGACACGCGCGUCCUGCUCAUCGAGGCCGGCGGAGACCCGCAGACUCUCAACACAGAGUUAGCUGGUUUGUUCCCAUACCUGCUGAACACUGAGAUGGAUUGGAACUACACAGCGGAGAACGACGGCUACACCGCCCAAUACCACAGAAACAAAUACGUCAAUUUACCCACCGGGAAGGUUUUGGGGGGAUCCAGUACCCUUCUCCACUUCUUCUACCUAAGAGGUCAUCCUUGUGAAUACAAACUAUGGGAAGAAGCCGCAGGUGAUGAGGCUUGGAGCUGGUGGAAUCUUCUUCCGUACUUCAAAAGACAUGAGCGUUUGGAAGACCAAGAUAUACUCAAUUCUGAGUCUUCAUACUUCCAUGGAACGGAUGGAUCAGUCGCGCUUACCAAAGAAGAUAGAGAAGCGACGUUGAAAUAUUUGGAAGCUUUCCGGGAAACCGGACAUCCUAUUAAAAAAGACCUUACCACCGAUGAUUCGAUAGGAUUCGGACAGCCCUUGUAUUACAUAGCCAAAAAUGGUACUCGACAAAAUAGCGCAGAGUGCUUCUUAGCACCUGCUAAAUACCGUUCCAAUCUUCACUUAAUGAAAAAAACAACAGUGAGAAAAGUUCUUUUUGAUGCCAACAAAAGAGCUAUUGGCGUCGAAUGCAGUACACCAGACGGCAAAAUCAUCAAAGUAUACGCUCGGAAGGAGACUAUACUAUCGGCUGGCACUUUGAACACACCAAAGAUCCUGAUGUUGUCGGGAGUGGGCCCAAAAAGUCACCUCAAAAGCGUGGGUGUUCCAUUAGUUCAUGAUUCACCGGUAGGCCAGACAUUCCAAGAUCGUACAGCUGUUAUUUUGGUUCAUGGCUUAGAAAAAACCAACGAUACACCCCCACCGCCGAACCCGGCCGACUUUCCAGCGCCAACUAUUAUUGGAAUAAGUGCUUUGAACGAAUCCAAGAGUUGCCCUGAUUAUAUGACACUGAACUUUGUAGUCAGAAAUAACCCUGCAGCUCUGUUGCAGUUUACGUCUGUAUUCUUCGGUUUGAAUGACAAUGUAAGUAAUCAGCUCGCAACUGCCGGAACGGGAAGGGAAGUCCUCUUCACAAUAUUGAAUUUAGUGAACUCUGCGUCAACUGGAAAAGUUUUGUUAAGGAGUUCAAAGCCUGAAGACCCACCAAAGUUCUACACAGGAUAUUAUUCGAAAGAAAUAGAUUUGAACAACACUGUCGCAUACAUACGUGACUUUAUCAAGGUAGCGGAAUCGAGCACUUUCAAAAGCGUAAACGGCGAAUUGAUACAUUUCGAUUUGCCAAGAUGCAAAGGAUUGAAAAGAAACACGACGGAAUAUUGGAAGUGCUAUAUCCUGAACAUGAUGGAUAGCACCUAUCUUUACAGUGGCACGUGCCCCAUGGGUGCAGUCCUUGACUCCAGACUUCGUGUUAAGGGGGUCAAGGGUCUCAGAAUCGGAGACGCCAGUGCUAUUCCUAACCAAAUCUCUGGCAAUAUUAUCACAGCCAGCAUGGUAAUUGGCGAGAAAUUGGCAGACAUGGUAAAGCAAGACAACCACAUAGAAUCAAGUUCUCCUUGGAAAUAUUUAACUGAGUUUUUGUCUCGCUUAACACGUAAUUAAAUCUUCUUUUGUGACACUUGUACUUGUAGAAGUAUGUAGACGAGGCAAUAAUGACCUCAUAUUUAUAAGAAACUUAAGAAAUCGGUUUUGUAAAUUAAA